AUGACUUCCAAAGAAGAACCCAAGCCCUCCUCGGGGGAAGAACGGCGGCGGAGCCCCUUGGAUCACCUCCCACCGCCGGCCAACUCCAACAAGCCCCUCACCCCCUUCAGCAUCGAGGACAUCCUCAACAAGCCCUCGGUGCGGAGGAGUUACACUCUCUGCGGAACGGCCCACCUCCUUUCCGCUGCCGAGAAGCACCCCCCGGCCGGGCUGCCCCUCUCCGGCCGGGCGCUGCUUUCCCAGACCUCGCCCCUCUGCGCCCUGGAAGAGCUGGCCAGCAAGACCUUCAAAGGGCUGGAAGUCAGCGUGCUGCAGGCGGCCGAAGGCCGGGACGGGAUGACGAUCUUCGGGCAGCGGCAAACGCCGAAGAAGCGUCGGAAGUCUCGGACGGCCUUCACCAACCAUCAGAUCUACGAGUUGGAGAAGCGGUUCCUCUACCAAAAAUACCUGUCGCCAGCGGACCGGGACCAGAUCGCCCAGCAGCUGGGGCUCACCAACGCCCAGGUCAUCACCUGGUUCCAGAACCGCCGCGCCAAGCUCAAGAGAGACCUAGAGGAGAUGAAGGCCGACGUGGAAUCGGCCAAAAAGCUGGGCCCUAACCCCGCCGUGGACAUCGUGGCCUUGGCCGAGCUGGAGCCCAGCGCCGAGGGAAGGGGCAAGGCGCGGCCCGGGUCCCCGCAGCCGCCCCCCGGCGCCGCCCGGGAGCCCGGUGCCCCUCCACUGCCCCGCCCCGCCUCGCCCCCCACGGAGCGGCCCCGCAGCCGCCGGGACAGCGAGGAGGAGGAGGAGGAGGAGGAAGAGGACGUGGAGAUCGACGUGGAUGACUGA